AUGGAUUUCCUCAAAUCGGCCGUCGCGUCGGCCAUCGCGAAGGGCAGCUCGUUACCCUUCUCACUAGGCGACCGAGUCGAUAUCGGCGACUCCAUUUGGACGCUGCACAAUGGGAUAAAACGCGAUGAUGGCUCGGCAUGCAGUGUCUUUACAUUUGAUAUUGCGGCGAACAAGUCACGCCUCCCGCUUGCUAAGAAUGCCGUGCGCAAGUCGCGCACGCUCCGCCACCCGGGCGUGAUCAAAGUUCUGGAUACGAUUGAAAAUGAAUCAUUUCUGUAUAUCGUCACUGAGCGCGUUGCUCCGCUUGAUUGGCAGGUCAGGAGGAGGAGCAUCAGUGAGGAGACGGCGAAAUGGGGUUUACAUACUGUGUCGUCAACCCUGAAAUUCAUCAAUGAGGAUGCGUCCUCUGUGCAUGGCGCUGUGCGCGCAUCAUCUGUUUAUACAAGUGAGAGUGGCGAGUGGAAGCUAGGCGGCUUCGAUAUCUUGAGUUCGAUGAAGGAGGACGAUGCCAUUAUUUAUACAUACGGCAGCCUUGUCCCCGAUGCAGCUCGCUUUACACCGCCGGAAGUUGUCAAGAGCGGCUGGGAGUCUAUUAAGCGGCACCCUUUGGCGGCUGUCGAUGCUUACGGUCUGGGUAUUUUGAUUUUUGAAGUAUUCAAUGGUCAAUUCUCUGGCGCUGAUCAGAUCGGCAAGACGACCAACAUUCCUCCUGCAAUGCAACAGAGUUACAAGCGUCUUUGCACGGCUAAUCCAAAGUUGAGACUUAGCCCUGCGCAUUUCGUUGAGCAGGGGAAGAAACAUGGUGGAUUUUUUCAGACCCCCUUAAUUCGUCUAACGGAUGACAUGGACAGUCUGGGUCUCAAGAGUGAUGCUGAGCGAGAGGAAUUUAUCAAUGAACUCGAUAAUCUCUCUGAGGAUUUUCCCGAGGAUUUCUUCAAGAUGAAGGUCUUGCCUGAAUUGCUCAAAUCUGUCGAGUUUGGUGGCGGUGGUCCGAAGGUGCUUAGCGCUACUCUGAAAAUUGGUUCUAAACUAUCAGCGGACGAGUUUAAUGCCAAGUUGACACCGGUAAUUGUUCGAUUAUUUGGCAAUCCGGACCGAGCGUUACGCGUGUGCCUUUUGGAUAACCUACCUUUAAUGAUUGAUAGUCUCCCUCAAAAGGUCGUCACCGACAAGAUCUUCCCUCCGAUGACUUCUGGCUUCACCGACGCUGCCCCGGUUGUUCGAGAACAGACCGUCAAGGCUGUUUUGACGAUCAUCAACAAGCUCAGUGACCGAGUGAUUAACGGUGAGCUUCUCAGGUUCCUGGCGCGCACUGCGAACGAUGAGCAACCGGGUAUUCGUACCAACACAACCAUCUGUCUUGGUCGCAUUGCUAAGAACUUGGGGCAGAGUACUCGCUCAAAGGUGCUCAUUGCUGCAUUUACAAGAGCCAUCAGAGAUCCCUUUGUGCAUGCUCGAUGUGCUGGACUUCUUGCCUUGUCUGCAACUAUCGAUGUCUUCAGUGAAGAGGAUUGUGCUUCAAAAAUCCUGCCAGCCAUUUGUCCUUCACUUCUAGACAAGGAAAAGCUACUCCGCGAUCAAGCAAACAAAACACUUGAUGUAUAUCUCCAAAGGGUACGGAAGUUCGGCAACACAAUGGCCGAUUCAGUGAUACCAUCAACCUCUACACCCGAACCAAACAAAUCCGAUGCUCGCAUCGGCACGUCGAAGGACAAAUCCUGGGCUGGAUGGGCCAUCUCCUCAUUCACAAACAAGAUGUCCGCGGCCGAUGGCGAAAUUGAGCCUACAGCUGCCAAACCUGCCGAAGCAGCCAUCCCAAGACCCGCCUCCGUUCCUCGCCCGGCUAAAUCAUCUCCCUCUACCCAAUUGGACUUACCCAAACAACCAUCACGUCCCGCUGCACACCCACUCAGUCGCUCACAAUCCGAUCGACCCGUCCCUAUCGUCCAAGAAGAACCCCCAGAGGAGGAAGGAGACGACGUCUUCGAUGCCUGGGGCGCAAUGGACGAUGACGACCAGGAAGAAGACACCUUCUCCGCGGCCGUAGCAUCACCCGAUCCUUUAUCUCCUUACCCUUCUUCGAAGGCUCCCGCCGUGCCAUAUGAUGAUGGUGGUGAACCGGAUUUCGCCGGGUGGCUGGCGGCCAAGAGCUCCACUAAGGCGAAAAACCCCCUGCCUAAAGGGUUGGGCAAGUCUGCGUCUACCACCUCUGUGCCUACGAGGAAUACUGUGCCAAAGCCCAAGCCAGUGGCGCCGAAGACAUUUGACACGAAGCCGAAGGAUGAGGACGAAGAUGAUGGCUGGGGUGAUGCUUGGGAUUAG